UUGAGUUGCCCUUGAUGGAUCAGUCAUUUUUAGAGUGCCGCUUUCCCAGCACCAAGUAAAGCUCGCACUAGAUUCAUCUAAAAAUUGUACGUUGUUUCUUUUUGUAUAAGAUUGUCUUGUAUACAUUUUCCAAAUCGUUUGCACAUUUGAUAUCGCAAAACAUGGAGAUAUCUGUACCGCCGCCAGGCUCGCACUGGUCCUUGAGGUUUGUGGACAUCCUGAAGCCUUUUCCAGAUCAGACUGUGGCCAACGCCACCUACAAGGUCAUCCGCUUCUUUUAUCCACCCUUUGCCCUGGAAACGGUCGAUGUCACCCACGUGGUCAGCGAGCCCGAGCUGAACAGCUUAAACGUGGGACUGUUUGUGGGCUUUCCCUUGUUUCUGGGCUGCAUCGGCUACGCGAUGUACAAAUAUGCUCGGAAUGUGCGUCCAGUGGCUAAGGAGCCACCAUUUAAGCUGUACGAGCUGGAAAAGCGCAUGAGGGACAAGUACGGCCCGGAAUACAAGCAGGGUAUCUGGAAGCGAAGGGACAUCCCUGAGCCCCUCCUACUGACCAAUGAUCCAUCCGAACCAGUAGCAAAGAGCAAACACGAACGUGGAAGCAGCAAGUCAAACAACUUUUUCAUAGAGGCCCACUGGCUGCCCGAAUCCAUCGAAAACUUCAUCAAAACCGAUAGAGCCGACGAUAAAAACAGUGUGAUAACCGAGUGCAACGCCGAGAACCGUCUGUUUGACUGUGGCACUCAGUUGGAUCGCCACUCGGAUCUGGCUGGGGAAAUUAAAAACGCCUUCAAAGAGCGGCGACGCAAGGCCAAGAAGUAGGAAAGUGCCUUAUCCAAUCCAACCAAUCCAACCAAGCCACCAGGGCACCAAGCCUUCCAGGCGAAAAAAUCGAUUUAAGAUCUUUCAAUUCCGCUUAAUGAUGGGCCCUUUUUGCGGCUGGAAAAGUGUCAGCUUUGGGCUUUCUCGGUUGGUGCAAUAAAAUGAAGUGAUUGUUCGGUUUUAUA